CAGAAUUCUUGAGAGAUGGAUGGGUGGGAUCGCAGCGCGAUUACGAUUGCUAUCACCCAACAGCAACAUUUCAAGGGGAAGCACCGAUGCCGUAGAACCAUGUUUUCGCCAAAACUCCCGGCGACCGACUGUAUCCUCCGCCGCGGUAGACACACCAGAUUGAUUAUAAUGGAAAUGGCAGAUCAGGAAAAGGUUGCCGAUGCUAAGCUGACGGAUAAAUGUUCUGAUCUCGGGGACGUGCCUAAGAUUAGAUUUGUAACGAAGAAGAUGUUGAAAGGACAUCUCAACAAAGUCAAUUCUGUGCAUUACAGCGGUGACUCUCGGCACUGCGUCACGGGUUCCCUCGAUGGGAAACUGAUUAUUUGGGACACUUGGAGCGGGAAUAAGGUACAAAUCAUCCCUUUGCGUUCCGCUUGGGUGAUGAGCGUGGCUUUUGCACCAUCUGGAAACUUCGUCGCGUGCGGUGGUAUGGACAACAUGUGCACGGUGUACGAUGUGAACAACCGCGACUCGACGGGCGCGGCGAAGAUGGUGCGCGAACUGGCCGGCUACGAGGGGUUCCUCAGCAGCUGCCGGUUCCUCGACGACACGCACAUCCUCACCGGCUCCGGUGAUAUGAAAAUAUGCAUUUGGGACUUGGAGGCUGGAAAGCGAGAGAUGGAGUUUGAUGCUCACGCUGGUGACGUGGUCAGCAUUUCACUAUCGCCAGAUAUGAAAACGUAUGUGACUGGAUCCGUGGACAAGACGUGCAAGUUGUGGGACGUCAGAGCCGAGAAGGCGAAGCAGACGUUCUUCGGUCACGAAGCUGACGUCAACAGUGUUUGCUUCCACAACAGCGGGCAGGCGUUUGCGACCGCCUCUGAGGACAAGACCGCUCGUCUGUUCGACAUACGCAGUGACCAGCAGCUCGGACACUACACGCCGCCCGGCGCCAGCGGGUUCACCAGUUGCGGGUUGUCGCUAAGCGGCAGAUACCUGCUCGCCGGUUCAGAUGACAACAGCGUCCACUCCUGGGACACGCUCAAAGUCUCUCACACAGGUACUCUAAAUGGCCACGAGAACAGAGUGACUUCUAUUUCCGUGGCACCGAAUGGGGUCGCCAUGGCGUCCUGCUCCUGGGACCAGAACGUGCGAGUUUGGGGCUGAAACAUACGGUUCGCGUGUUUAUCCCUAUUACCUUUGCAACAUCCGUUUAAUAACAAUCUAUGUUCAUUUUAUGCUAUGUUUGACAGUUGAAUUGCACUGAACCCUAUUCUAAUAAAGAUGUUUAAUAUUAUAUACA